GGGGGCUGCUGCCCCUCACCUCCGCCUGGUCCAUAAAUCUUCACCUCACAUGUUCCGGCAGGAGAGAGCCCAGACCCAGUAACAGUUUUACCCACACCCUUACCUCAAGCAUUAUCUCGUGGUCUCGCAGGACGUCGUUGGCGGGAAUCCUGAUCGCUCUCCGCCAUUCUGGCUUUUCUGUAAUGAUACGGUGUCUAUUACGGUUCAGGGACAGGCAGUACACCGUGAUUUCGCGGGUGUAAUAUCGUUAUUUCGAUAUUUUGCAAUGCAAUCGAAAUAGUUUUCUUUUCACACGAUGCACUGCUUAACCAUGAUGGAACUGAUUUGAAUUACAAUUUCUUUCUCCUUGGCCCAACUUAUAUUUUCCUUUCCCUCGCUUACGUCAUGCGCUACGAAUCCGUCCGGUUUUCCGUCGCGUUCAACGACGUUUCGUCAUAUUGUCGCGACGCUGGAGGCUUGAGGUGGGUUGGUUCCUGGAUGUUAUACCUUCUUUAUUACCGUUAUUAUCAACUUGCGAAGAAAACUUCCAUAGAUUGAUGUGUUCUACUAUUUGAUGGUGAAAAAAUAAAGAAGAAACAGAGGAACACUUAUUCCCCAUUGUCCAAGAUUUAAUUCAGAGUGAUAUUGCUGGAAGCAUUAAAGAAAAUCGUAAUCAGUAAUACUCCUACUGAUUGCAGGAGAUCUGCCAGAUGAUCUGAAGUCCUACAUACUGAGACAUACCAAAAUAUUCCUUUAAAAAAAAAAGAAGAGGAUAUAAGAAGAAAGAAGACUCAUGAAAAGUAUCCAGGGGAUAUAGACAAAGUGAGUCUGAAACCCUAUAAAAGAAGGAAGAAGAAGACCAUAUUUUCUGCCUUUGUUAUUUAUUACCACAGGGAGAGUCUAUGAUGUCAUCUCAUGGCAAAGACAAGGCUGUCUCACUGCGUGUAACCAACCUCUCACAGAACACUAGAGGACAGGAUUUGCAUGUUCUGUUCCGCCCCUUCGGAGACAUCAAACGUGUCUUCUUGGCCAAGGACAAGAAAACUGGCCAGUCCAAGGGCUUUGCUUUCAUCAAUUUUAAGAGACAGGAAGAUGCUGCUAAGGCUAUAGAAGUUCUUAAUGGAUAUAGUUAUGACCAUCAGAUUCUGAGUGUUGACUGGUCCAAAUCUGGUACCCAGUGAGACUAGCUAUGUCUUUAAAGGAUAUUCAGUGCUAUUAGGAAUAUGUUGUACCAUUAUUGGAAAUAUAACAAGGUGUGAGGCAUAGGAAAAGGUUUAUUUGGCUAGAAAAUCCCAAUUCUAAAGAAAAGAUAUGUUUGGAAAUUGGAAAUAUUAUAUAUAUAUAUAUAAUAUAUAUAUCAUAUAAUAUUGUAUAUAUAUGUAUAUUUAUAAUGUAUAAUGUACUUUUAUCAGCAGAUUUAUGCACUGUAACAUGCAUGCUCAUUUGUACACAGGCUAUGGCUUCUGCUUCACUGUUUUAUAAUGUAAUGAUUUGAGGACUGAAAUAUACUUUACUGUGUGCUUACUCCAUAUAUAAUUGAAGUAUUUUGUAUACAGCUGUAAAAACUUUAGAUAUUUUAUUAUAUUAUAUGAUGUUCAGGUAGAGCUUCAGCGAUAAUUAAAAAUCAUCAUUGUGCAAGUUUUUCAGGCAGCUCAGGAUGUAAAUAUUUACAAAUUUAAAGUUGUUACGUUAGGCAUUAUUGAUGUAUGAUUAUUUUUUAUUGUUAAAGUGUUCUUUGUUUUUUUAAAGCCAUUUAUAAAUAAGUAAUUAAAGAUUAAACAAGCAUUAUUAUAAUUUGUUAACGUCACAGACUGAAGAAAUUGUGUGCCGAAUCAACAGGUCCAGUAUUAUGAUCCUGUAAGAAAAGCUAUACAUGAUGGUUGAUGUGAGAAAUGAUUUUAAAUACAGAGUUAUAAUUUUUUUUCAUAUUUGCAUUGUAAAACUUGCCCUCUUUUUUAUAAAGUGAAAUAUAAUGUGUAUAUUAAAUAUACUUCAUUUAUUUUCUUUAUAAAUUUGGUCGUAUUGAAUUCAGUUUCCUUAACAUUUUAUCUGUUUUUCAUCAGUAUUCCGUUAUGUCUUCAAAAGAUUAAAUAUAGAGUAAAACUUUUCAAAAAGUCUUUUCAGGGGUUUAAUGCACAAUCUUUGAAAGCUUGUGCAAAAGUAGUAUGUAGAAAUUGCAAUCUAUACACUCUAAAUAAAAUUAGCAUACAACAUGUACCAAAAUAACACAGUGAAGUAGUAUCAUCAUCAAUUAUGAUACUUAAUACUAUGUCAACAUGAGAGGCAGUGAUCAUAUGGGCAAACAAUGUCACCAAACUGUGUACCAAUUCACACAUUUGGGAGGUGGAUACGGACAUCCCUAGAGAUCACAUCAUAGGUGAAUAUUCAAAUGAAUAUCAAAAUGAAAAUGCUGAAGAUGGAGGAAGUGAGUUAAUAAGAUAUUCUAAAUGUAUAUUUGAAGCAAUA